AAUCGGAAAAUUCUCAAUAUUUUUCGAGAUUAUACAAAAAUUACGGAUGAGAUUAUGAAAUUAUAAUGAAUAACUUUUGUAAUUUUUCAAUUAUUAUAUUUCAUACAGAUUUAGUAUAAGAUUUCUUCAUAUAUUUCAGGUACUUUACUUAAUAAUGAUUUGUCUCAAAGGACGAUUUACGCUUCUGUAAUAUUAAAAACAUAGGAAUUAAAAUAAACAUAAUAAUGUGCAAUAAUGCCGGAAUACAGCUACGUAUUUUGAUAUUGUAAAUUUUUAUACGAUUCAAAUAUAUAAACAAUAUAUUAUGGCAGAAAAAUUUCGAUCGUUCAUCAAAGUAUUAAACAACGAAAUAAAUAAACAUCAACUGUUUAAUGCAACUACAAGAAUUAGUAGCGUCACUGGAAGGGCACAAGAAAAGUUGAACAAUAUACAAAGUGCAGUUGCUGCAAAGUAUGAUGUUCUUGCAAAGCAAAUCAGUAAUGAUUUAACAAUAAUUCAAAAUGUAAAUGGACCACAAUUAGCACCAAGUCCAUUACCAAAGAAAGUUGUAAAAUGGUGGCAAUGGUAUCAACAAAUAACAGGUUUGGACAAGGUUGAAAUAGCCAAACAACAAGUGAUCUUUGCGCAAGACAAGUUGUUCAAAUGUCAAGAUGAGAGGAGACAAUUGAAUCGUGAAGCAAUGUUAAUAAAUGAUAAAUUAAAGGAAGUAUAUUCAGAACUUAUUCAAAUUAAGAGGGAUGAUCCAAAGUAUGUACAAUUGACAAUAGUGGAAAACAAAAAUCUUCAAGAUCAAACAAAGAUUAUGACGGAGCUUAAUUUGUUAGAGAAAGAGGAAAAAGAACAUUUCACAUUAUUAGCAACAGCUAUUAAAGAAUAUCAUGAUAGUCAAACAAUGAAUGCUCAAAAGCAUAAAUACUUAUCUAUUGUUGCAUCUGCUCUAUUAGCAAUCAUAUCAUUGGUAGCUUCGAUAAUAUAUAACAAUAUAAGGGUAGCAAAUAUUCAAAACAUUCUAUCUGAAGCACAAGAAAAGAAUGAAAAUGUGCUCAGAAAUAGUUUUCUAUCAUUAGAAAAUAGUUUAAAUACAAUUCGUAAAACAAUAGAAAAAAAUAGUGAACCAAAAGUAGUCACGGUUAAUGAAGAAUUAGAUAAUAGUAAUAUUACAGAAUUGCAAAGAGCUUGUGUUGUAUUUGGGGCAUGUAUUGUUGGCAUAUAUAUACUGAGAUCGGUAAUUGGUUAAAGGUUACUUUUCAAUUCAUAGUAAUAAGUUUAUUUUAAAUAAUUUUUUA